AGUGCUGGUCUUCCUCCUCCUUCGUCGUCGGUCUGUCGCCAUCCUCGUCAGUCGUCUCGCCGACCAGCGACCUUGCCCCCCCCCCCCCCCCAUAACUUCUGCAAUUCGCCGAAGAGACCCUUCUCGACGCUGCUCUGCUCUCUCUGUUCCGUUGCGAAGCUUGGCGAUUCGGCUCCAUUGGGCUGAGGCUGAGGCUGAGGCUGAGGUGGCGAUCCGCAACCGGUACUGCCCCCGAAAAGAUCAUCUGGGUAUAAAUGCGGAAGCGCAUUGAACUGGAUUCCUGUUUCCUUGAUGGGUCGGGAUAGGUCUUGACCGUGGCCUCUUUGAUCUUGUGAAUACGUCGGUAAUCCAAGUCGAUAGUUGGAAUUGGUGCUUGCUUUCUCCAAAUGGGUGGCAUUUGCUCGCGGGGAUCCAGUGUGGAUAAUGCUCCCAGUGGGAGCCUUGCGAAUGUGGACGGUAGUUCUAGUACCGACUCCAAUGUCCAUCGGUCUGGUGGAAUGCCCAAGAAAGGAAACGACAUUUCGACUCCGGCCUCAGGUGGAGAGGUUGGGGAUGAGGAAUUGCGGGAGCCCUUCUCGGCUUCUGCGGAGAAUGCUCGUUCAUGUAGUUUGAGUUCGGAAGAUCUUUCCGAUGGCAUUCCGCGCUUGUCGAGAGCAUUGUCACAGAAAUCUAGAUCGAACAGGUCUAAGCAAGUGACGGUCGCUAAGGUAUCGGAAGUUGGUACACUUUUAGGAAAAGCUGGAGGGAAGGCGGUAGAAGUUUUAGACACGCUUGGAAGUAGCAUGACGAACCUGAAUCUUAGCAGCGGUUUUACCUCGGGAGUGACUACAAAAGGAAACAAAAUAGCGAUUUUGGCUUUUGAGGUUGCGAAUACAGUUGUAAAGGGUGCUAAUCUUAUGCAAUCCCUCUCGAAGGAUAACAUCAAGCAUUUGAAAGAAGUGGUGCUUCCCUCAGAAGGUGUGCAAAAUCUAAUAGCAAAAGAUAUGGAUAAACUUCUAAGGAUUGCUGCAGCUGACAAAAGAGAGGAGCUGAAAGUUUUCUCCGGAGAGGUGGUUCGAUUUGGAAAUCGUUGUAAAGAUCCUCAGUGGCACAAUUUAGAACGAUAUUUCGAGAAGUUGGAUUCAGAGUUUACAUCCGAAAAGUUAAUGACGGACGAGGCGGAAAGGACGAUGCAGCAUUUGAUGGAUCUAGUUCAGUACACAGCUGAGUUGUAUCAUGACUUGCACGCCUUAGACAGGUUUGAGCAAGAUUAUCAGCGCAAGCUCCAGGAAGAGGAUAACCCGAAUGCUACUCAAAAAGGAGACAGCCUGACGAUAUUGAGGGCAGAGUUGAAGAGCCAGAGGAAGCAUGUAAGAAGUUUGAAGAAAAAGUCGCUUUGGUCAAGGAUUUUGGAAGAGGUAAUGGAGAAGCUUGUUGAUAUAGUUCUUUUCCUACAUUCGGAGAUUCAUGAAGCCUUUGGUACUGCUGAUUCUCAUAAAUCCUCAGGAGGUUCAGCGAGCUGCUCUAAAACGUUGGGUUCUGCUGGUCUUGCUUUACAUUAUGCGAAUGUUAUUGGUCAAAUCGAUACUCUUGUAUCCCGCUCGGGUUCUGUACCUCCUAAUUCAAGAGAGGCUUUAUACCAAGGGCUACCUGCUCAUGUGAAGACAGCAUUGCGCUCAAAGUUACAGUCAUUUCAACGUGUAGAAGAGCUUUCUAUACCACAAAUUAAAGGAGAAAUGGAAAAGACGUUGCAGUGGCUUGCUCCUCUUGCUGCUAAUACUACAAAAGCCCAUCAUGGCUUUGGUUGGGUCGGAGAAUGGGCAAACACGGGGUCCGAUCUGAACCGGAAACCUACUGGCCAGAAUGACUUGCUCCGCAUCGAGACUCUACACCAUGCAGAUAAGGAAAAGACCGAUGUCUACAUCCUUGAGCUGGUGGUGUGGCUUCACUAUCUUGUAAGCCAGGCUAGGGCUUCUAAUGGUGGAUUCAGAUCUCCUGUUAAAUCUCCUAUUCGGUCUCCCAACCAAAGUACAGUCCAGUUACCUAUGCACAGCAAGCCCGUAUCUCCAUCGUCUGCUUUGACAAUCGAAGACCAAGAGAUGCUUCGCGAUGUGAACAAGCGGAAACUGUUGACCCCGGGAAUAAGUAAGAGCCAAGAAUUCGAGACUGCAAAAGUAAGGUUAUGCAAGCAUCAUAGACUGAGUAAAAGCAGUAGUCACUCCCCAACCAGGGAAAGCCAUAAAGAUCCGUUUCCCCUUCUUCGGCGGCCGUCUUCUUUUCCCAUCAUAGAUUUCGAUAUCGACCGGAUCAAAGCACUGGAUGUGAUUGAUCGGGUGGACACUAUUCGAGGCGGUUGACUCUGCCCACCGAAGUAGGCCGAGUCUAGGUUUUUCGCCUCGUGGGUGGUAGGUCCACCGCCUCUCUGUUUUGGGUGCUUUGUCUAUGGCGAAGUCCGCGUCGCUCGAGCUAGUCUGCAGAUGAAGAUUGGAGCCCAAGAAGUUGCUUGCAGCGGUGCAAUGAGCAAUAGUGCUUUUCGGUGUAACCUCGGUGCUGUGGGGAGGUAGCAUUAUAAUUUUGUCAAAUCCCCUGUAUGCACAGAGAGACUACUUUGGUCACUCUGCAAUGUUUCUCAGCUCACGGUUCUGUUUC